CCUUGUGCAGUGACGUCAUAUUAUUUGAUGUUCUAUUGUUUCCCCGACAUUUUGGUGAUCACUUGACAGACCGUACGCCACACUGAGACAGGCAGCAUUUCGUAUUUCUUCAAAUUCUUGGUAAAACUAGGCCCUACUGUCAGCUUUAUGGCGUGUUGUGUGGCAGUUGGGUGCUCUAAUAGGGCAAGUAUGAAAGGUAUAGCAUUCUACCGGUUUCCAACGGAUAGAGAACGUCGAAACAGCUGGAUAACUGCUGUGCGUCGGGAGAAUUGGUCACCAACCACGCAUUCAAGGUUAUGCUGUAAACACUUCAUAUCAGGUGUGAAGAGCAAUAAUUCCCUGUCACCAGAUUAUGUGCCAUCUGUAUUCGCACAUACAAGAUCUCCACAGAAAAGAGCUGGUUUACUGGCUGCAGAAUCUCAUGAGAGGAGAACCAGCAUGAAAAGGAGAAAAAUUGAGCAAACUAAGAGAUCAACAGCAGCAGCAGCCCUAUUAAACCUGGCUGGAACACCACGGGAGCCAUCAGAUGCAACUUCCGAGCCCGGCACAUCAGAUACACCACAAGCGACCAGCUCCACCGACAGCACAUUCGACAACGACCCAAACAAGGCAUGUGAAACAUUACUCACAAUGAAAGACAUAGAAGGCAUGGAGUCAACAACCAGACAGUUACUUGUUGAAAAACAUGACCUACAAGGAAAGGUGGAUGAUUUAAAAUUAAGUGAAGAAUCCUUCAGGGUAAAUAAUGAGAAAGUUAAGGUGUUCACUGGACUCGCAAAUUUCAAUUUGUUGAUGACUGUAUUUAAUUUGAUUCGACCAAACCUUAAGGAUAAAUCCUCAUUGUCACCAUUUGACCAACUGUUGCUCACGCUGAUGCGGCUCAGGCUUAAUGUAACUGUGCAAUAUUUGUCGUUUGUAUUCAGUGUGCACCACAGUACUAUAGUGAGAGCAUUUUCUGAUGUCAUUCAUGUUUUAAAUGAGAAAUUUGUCCCCUUGACAGUUGUUUGGGCAGAUAGAGCUGAAGUACGAAGUACUCUUCCCUACGUUUUCAAGAAAACUUUUUCCAAGUGUGUUUCAAUAAUAGACUGUUUUGAGAUUUUUCUUGAAAGACCAUCCAAUCUGGAUUCAAAGGCUAAAACAUAUUCUAAUUAUAAGUCUCACGAUACAAUCAAAUAUCUCAUUUCCAUGGCUCCUCAAGGGUAUGUUAACUUUAUAUCUAAAGGCUGGGGUGGUCGUACGAGUGACAGGCAGCUAACGGAACGCUGUGGUUACUUGCCAAAUCUUGUGCCUGGGGAUACUGUUUUGGCUGAUAGAGGUUUUACCAUUCAAGAUUUAGUUGCUAGUUAUGGUGCUUCAUUAGAAAUCCCAGCCUUUACAAGAGGGAAAGCUCAGCUCGACAAGAAAGAAGUCAAUGAAACCAGACAUUUAGCUUCUGUCAGAAUACACAUUGAGCGAGUGAUAGGAAACAUUAGGAAGAAAUAUCCAAUACUUGGCAGCACUAUCCCUAUCACCCUUCUUCAGACAGACGAAAUUUCAGGUUUCACUACUUUAGAUAAGGUUGUCAGAGUAGCAUGUGGUUUGUCAGAUAUAUGUGAGUCAAUAGUUCCAUUUCACUAGCCCCCGUCAAUAUUUUGUCACAGCGAGUAAAGACAUUGAACGAUGAUUUGAAAUUAGAUGAAAAAUCACAUAAAACAUUUUUAUUACAUUGAACAGUCUUGUAUAAAUCAAUGCAUAUGAAUUGAACGCCUCAUUUUAGUUUUUAAAUAAUGAAUGUAAAAUAAACGGGGUUCAAGAGAUAUAUAAUUGCACGAACAUUGUUAUAGUUAGCACCAAUAUUUGCAUUGCAGAUUAACCUGUACUGCACUGUACUGCUGAAACUUUGAUUACCAAGUGAAUAAAAUACGAAUACAAAAGG